AUGUCGGCCGAUAAUCUAGGAGAGCUGAAUCGCAAGCAUAUGAAUGACGUUGGCGAAUCUGCCUUUAAGCAGCAAUGGAUCGUUGAUCUGGGUAACCAAAUCACUGCGUACAUACUCGCACAUCUCGAAUGGCUUGGUACCCCUCCCAACAAGACAGAAAAGCCGAUGAAACUCCUCGACUACGCUUGUGGUAAUGGGUUGAUCUCCAAAGCACUACUCCCUCACGUCUCAACCAUCCGCGGCAUCGACGUAUCCGACAAAAUGGUCGACCUCUACAACUCACCCGCUCGCACAAACAACGCCGACAUGUCCGCCAUCCAAGCUGACCUCCUCGCCCCAACCGACGCCAUGCUCGACGCACUGAUAAAAGGCGAAUACAGUGACUUCGAUAUCGCCGUAACUUCAAUGGCACUCCACCACUUCGCAGACCCCCAACUCAUGCUGACAAAACUCGUUGAGCGGUUAGCUAUAGGGGGCAGGAUUCUGGUUAUCGACUGGGCGAACGAGGCGGUGGCUGAUUGGCCUGCGGAGGGGGUAUUGAAGGAAGCGGGGUUGGGGGACGUGAGGCAUACGUUGAAUGAUAGUGUAUUUACGGAGAAGAGUGUUGUUGAGCUGUUGAAGGGUGCGGGGUGUAGAGAGGCGGAGUUUGUGCUGUGUCCGGAGACUUCGAAGUUACCUGGGGUGUUUGGGGAGAAGAGGUUGUUUUUUGGGUUGGGGACGAAGUAG